AUGGCACGAUUGGCUGUUAUAAAUUCACGGCUGUCCCAAGAGUACUCACGCUACGAGGCAUUAUGGAAGGAGUAUGAGCGUGUGUCGACAGAAUUUCAUAAUGUAGAACUGGGCCUGCAAUCUGGACCCAGUGACAGUUUUGAUGAACGCUUUUCCGAUCUAUACUCAGAAUUUUCCUCACUAAUCUAUAAGAUAGAACAUAUGCAUAAUCUUUUGGAGAGGCUGAUGACAGAAGUAGACCGAGAAGAACGGGAGCUGGCGGCUCACGAGGCUCGGCUAAAGGAGUCAAAGAGGGCAAUGGGAGAUCUUGUUACAACGGGAUCGCACUCUCAUAAAGACAGGAAGGAUUUAACUAGUAUGCCUGAGCAUGAUGCAGUGGUGCCAGGAGGCCUUUCACUCAGAAGCAUUGCUAAAUCCAAUAUCAUCUCCUCCCAGGGACAGAGCUAUGGGCCUAUGACAAGGGAUAGCACAGCUGCAGCCAAACAGGCACAUAGAGAAUUCUUAGACAAAUAUGGUGCUCGUCUUAGCAAGGCGAGGGAGAUUCAACAGCUGUAUGACAAAGCCAUACUUGAAGCAGAACAAAAGAGAGAAAACGCAUUUGCUCACCUAAUGGAAACAAUAAAGAAAAUCAAUUCUGAACACUCCAUACGAGUCCAGCGACGUCUUGAUGAGGAAGACAAACGAACGGCUCAGAGACUCAAGGAAAUCACUGCAUUCCACGAGCAAAUUGCUGCAAAUAUCGAGCAUGGAAUUGUGACCACUGACAAUGUUUAUAAAAAGUUCCGAGAAGAAGACCAAAAGAGAUUAUUAGCAACCUAUAUUAAAGCACGGAAAAAGCAGUUACUUCUUUCUAAAAAGGCCGCUGAAGAGUUUGCUACAGAAAUGGCUCGCCGCGAGCUACAGUACUAUAAGGAUUGUGAGGCCACUAAACGCCAGAAAACUAUAAAAGCAAAGAGUAUUUCUUCUGUGAACAGAAGUGCAGAAACAAUCACGCGGGUAACGGGACUUGAUGAUCCGUGUGAGGUCCUCUAUCAGUCUACUCGUUCUAAGCAUCUUAGGGACCCUGUGUCUGUUGUCGCAAAAAAUAUUGUUCCUCCUUCAGUGGGACUUGGGCUGCGCACAAGGUCUGGUGGUCUAGAGCCUGAUAUCUCACACCAUGAAGCAUACAAAGCGGAAGAGCAAAGGCUUAUCAGCACAUCAGCCAUUCUGGCAGCAUCAAAGAACAAGUCUUCCCCCAGUCGUGCAGAUCCUAUGUCUUACCUUUGUAAGGACCCCUUUUACGAUAUGCUUCCAAAAAACACAACACCGGCAAAUACAACGACCCAAGUUGCUGCUGAUUUACAAGAGGCUACACGUACUUCCUCCAAAGAGCAGCGACGACCUUCACCUACCCAAGUGCCAGCUCGUGGGAAAGGAGCAGAUGCAAAGAAGGAGGUCAGGGAGAUAGACUUUGAUGCAUGGCCGAGCAGUGACGAUGAUAACGAGGUAGCCCUGGCCUACGACCAUGCCCCGCCCCCACCACCGGAAAGCUUCUCAACCACGAAAAGAGACAAAACAAAUACUCAGAAGUUGCCGGUCGCUAAACCUAUCGUAUCUAGUCAGGCGUCCGAACGACUAGGUGCCAAGAAGUUAGCGUCGUCCCAUCUUAGGAAGCUGAAAACAUUGGACAUGCCUUGUGCUAUUCAAACGCAGACAGUGAUGUCAUCACACCUUAGUAGCUCUUCAGCAUUUCUCUGCCAUCCCUCGGCGGUUAUCUUUUUUGACUACGCCCCUGGGCAGUCUAAGUCGUUUGUAAUCCAAGUGACUAACGUAUCAGCAGGGCUUGCUGCAUUUAAAGUUCUUGAGCCAGAACCACAAGUUCUUCAUUUGCUAAAGUUUACAUAUACACCCAGUGGAUUUAUGGCCUCUGGAGCAAAGACAUCAGUAACGAUCAUAUUUACGCCUCCACUAAAUGAAAAAGCGUGCUUAACUGUUAUAGACACUUCCCUCACCAUAAAAUACCAAACUGGAGAGCUUCACGUUCCGAUUACCUGUUAUCCGCGCCAAAUAGCAAUUCUUAUCUUAAAAAAUCUUGAAUUAGUGAGAAAAGUAUAUGAGAUUUCCAUUUCUUUACGUAAUUCUUCUCCAGAAACCCUGGCAACAAAGGCCACGCUCAUCCAUACAAAUAUCAAUGGAGCAAUUAUUUCAGAUCUAGGCGCUACCUUGUCACAAACUAUGAACUUGUCGUCUCUAGCAUUAAAUAAAGAUGGUGGGAGAGAGCUUAUCACGUUGGCAACGCCUCCACACGGAGUCUCACAGGAGGCAUUUUAUCUGUCCAAUAGUGGUGCGUUGCCUGCACUAGUAAGGAUAAGAUUGGAUGCAUGUGCUCUUCACAGCAGUCUGCUUGGUAUCCCAGUACCACAAACCAUAUUAACCGGUAGCUUAACUGAAAUACAGCAAAUUGCAAAUGAUAACGUGAAGGCGCAUUCUACAUCUAGACCCUUUUCUAUGGAGAAGCAGCUCAGCGAACAGAUGCACCUCACUUUCGACGCCCAGUCGUCGUCCCCAUCUACUUUGCGAGGAUCUAUGUCGAGAAGAAAAGGAAUGCUACUUGACCGCACAAUUCCCCAAACCUUUAGAUCUACCAGUGUUUCUAUAGACACGGUGUACUCAUACAUGCAACAAGCAACCAGAUCGACAUCUCCACGAAUCCCCUCUAAGCUAUACUCAACAGACGAAGUUGAAACUCGGCAUCGAGAAGUGGAAGCAUAUGUUUCUGCACUGAAUAAAAGGGUUGAGGAGAUCCUUGCCAGUAAUACACCGGCGGAGGUAAAUCCACCGGCUGCGAAGUCUCUUGUUGCUAGACAACGAUCACCAAAAGCAGGCCUUAUUCAGCAAAAGCAGACACACUCUACAGAUAACGAUACUACAGUGGUACCGAACAUUACACGUGAUGAUGCUAUUGACGUGGCAAUCACUGAGUUAGGGCCUCAACCGGAAGAGCUCAGCACAGAAUUGAUGGUAGAAGCCCUAUCCAAUAUUUCAGUGACGGGACACAACGAGUCAGCCAGGACUGCUCCUCUACUUCAAAUUGGAACUCCGUUCUUGGCAUUUUAUGAAGGAAAGGCAUUUCAUUUCGAGCCAUACUUUGCUCGCCUUAAGAAAGAAAAGCUGAAGGAUAUUCUUUCUGAGAAUUUGCAAGCAAUUACUGCACAACUAGAGGAUGAGCGCAGGGCUUACGAAAAAAGCCUAGAGCAGCCAGUAGCUCUCCAAAAAGGGAACGGAGGCACAGCGAAUUCAUCAACAAAUAAAGGAGGAGGAAGGCCGCCCAGUACUCGAGGUACAAAGGAUGUUCUCACCACGAACGACCAGCAGAGCUCUAAAGAGGAUACUGCCAGCAACACACUACUGGAUCCCGUGUUCUUUAAGUCAGAGCUAGACAGGCGCGUGAAGGAGAAGACAGAGACAGACAUGACUGCGUGGGCCCAAGCAUAUAACGUAGCUAACGAUUUGCUUGAGUAUACGGUGCACAGUAAUAUAGAACUGUCUAUAGUUCUUCCCCCGAUGUCUAUUGUGGCCCUUCCUGUCGUGCAUUCUCCGCUUCGCUUUCUCUUAGACAUGAUACUAAAACUUAACCUAACCGUUAAACCUAUCUUUCCUUGCUUGGACAAGUCCGACGAUGAUUAUGCUGUCUUGCAAAGUAGUGGCGAAUUUACCAACACUUUGCUUGUAAAUGCAUACACCCUCCAAUCAGGAGUGUAUGCUUUAAGCAGCAGUAUAGAUUACCUGACUUGUUUUUACAAUUCAACAUACAGCUCUGAGAUAAGGCUGCGGUCUGUUGACAACAAUAGUAGACCAAUAACUGUCUUUGUACCAACUCUCAUGAAAACCAUUUGCUCCUCCAACGUCUCCGAAACAAUUAUCUGCAAGACAACGGGGGAUCUUCAUAUAAAGGUCAGCUUACUAUGCGAAAGUAAGGCUGAAUUGAUGAGGAUUCUUAAUCAGGUAGAGCAGUACCAAGAACUGGUCGACUACACUGAUCUAGAAUACACAAUCAAGGAAAACCGUAGACCGCCUGCCACCAAGUGCCCCUUAGAAUCGUGGGCAGAUAUUUUCAUCUCCGGAGUCGACCAAUAUGCCCCUACCCUUCCAUCUGUAGUCUUGGGGGAUGAUGUUAGAGCUCUCAAUGAGCAACUGAAGCAGCAAUUACAGGAGCUAGAUUCGCUAUUGAACUAUCAGCAGGAGCUGGAGACCAAAUUGGCAACUCUGCUGCAAAAGAAGCAAGCGGUGGAAGAUGCACUUCGAGACGCAGAUGAUUCUAAACCCUCGUCUACAUUAGGUUCUGGAAGGGCUAAAGAGCUGGCAAAGGCAGUAGAAAAAAAGACGCCUAGCAAGAGCAAGACCACAAGCUCUACAUCCAGUCAAGAAGAAUUUCAAAGGUUAACCCUCGAGUGUGAUCAGCUAUCAUCAAACCUACAAACCAUUAGAGACCAAGAUUUGCCCUUGCUGCAAGGAAGAGUAGCUAACGCAAAAGCAGAGUUACGGAACUUGAGUUCUGUAGGUGGGUAUAUUAGUUGUUCAUUUAAUAUACUAAUCAGAGUAUCUGGUCAGCCCGAACCGAUUCUUGUUCGGUUAAGCACCUGCUUCACCAGCUCGGAGCUUCUUGUCAAGCUUCCUUAUACCCACCCAUCUGCGAGUGAGGAGUCAGCCUCUAUACGUGCCAAGUCUAGUGUUCUUUCACAGGUUACAAAAACUGUUCGUACAAUGCGUACUGUGGGGACAUUAGCCACGCGAGCCAAUCGUACAUUAACAGAAGGAUAUCUAACGAUUAAUGACACCUUAGACCUUCAGGACCGGUCAUCAGUUAAUUUGGGUGAAAUAGCAUUGUGGCAUGUGACGAAUGUCCCUGUCAUCGUACGGAAUAGCAGUGCAUUGCCGCAGCAUGUUGCGCUUUUGACUAAACCUGUUCCAGAUGUCUCUUUAUUAGCAGGGCCAGAUAAUGGCACGAUUCUUCUCUAUCCUGGCCAAGAAGUCCGCAUGCACUUGGGGAUCUUGCCCAAUAAUGCAAAGAAGUUUCAAGUGAAAUGCUCGAUUGAGUCGGAGUUUGGAUACAUCAAGAACUUCACUAUCUGUGCUACUUCUAUGCAGCCCUCACUCCUUUGCCAAAGCAGCAUGGAUAUAUUUAGAAUGAGUGUUACAGAUAUUCUUCGAGUAGAGCAAAUUUAUCUGCGCUCAACGGUUAACAUGCCCAAAAAAUGGUCUAUAUCUCCGGCAUUUCUUCAGUUCAUGGAGACUAACUUUAAUGGGUUUCUAAGUAUUAAGCCUACUGCUGGAGUAGUCGCUGCACAAUCUAUUUAUAGAAUGUCAGUAACAAUUAAUACAUCUGCCUCCCUCUUGGUCCGACUACUUUCUUUUCUAGAUGAUCAGCAUGCAGAUGAAGCGCUCAAGGAUUUGCUUGAUCUGAGCCAGACAUCCAGACCUAUAUCUGCCACUGCAGUUAGUCCUUCUCAUAAUGCCCUUGAAACUUAUACAGCCGAGCCUAGUCCAAACACAUCGGCAGUUCUUGGCACGUCUUCUACCACUGACAUUAUCAAUUAUCUGACAAAGAAAAAUCAAUUCCUUUAUAUCCAGAGACGCCAUUUGGACCCCUCUGUUCUUCUCCCUGACAAUAGCUCCAUUCUGAGCGAUUCUGAUGUCUCUGUUGAAAAUGAUCCCACUACCACAGACCUAGUGAAUACGGAAGAAGGUAAGCAGAAGAAGCUGGAUUCCAAUGAAAUGGUACAAUCGAAAAAACAGAUCUUUGUCGACCAGCAUUUGACCAUUAACAUACCAAUUAUGACAGAAGAUGCUGCGUCUCCCUUUUUGGUUUGCCCGUUGAAUUUGCUAAUCGCCCGUCCUAUUAUUGUGAUAGCACCCGUGCCAAAUAGGCUUUGCGACGAACUUGAUGUAGCUCCUGAUGAUGCAAUACUUAUUCCGCCUCUCACCUUCAAGGAGGAUCUCAACUCAACCGAGGGCACUACUUCGUCUGCACUAUUAACGGCUAACGGUGGAUCAUUGCAGGUUGUAACACAAGGUAUUCCAGAAGAUCCUAUAACAAAACAGAUGCCUGCGCUAGCUGAAUCAAAAUACGUAGCUAACUUGCUGCGUCAAGAGGCCCUUAAGCUUCCUACUAUUUUAGCUCACAAUCAAUCCCUCAUAACGCUCAAUUUUGGAUAUGUUCCUUUGGGUUGUGUGUCAAACCGAAGUGCAGUCAUAUCGCUGAAUGAGUCUCUUCCAUUCUAUGAUCGCGAACAAUAUUAUGGAGACCAUUUUCAAUUCAGACGCCAGCUGGAAGAGGCCUUUGAUUCGGAUAUUAUAUUAACAAGCUGCCUUGAAGAAGCCUCUAUGACAGCACAGAAGCCCCUCACACUCCACUUCGAGUAUUCUCCAAGGCGAGUGGGGUACACUGAAGAAACCAUAGAAUUGUCAUCAAGUUCUCUGCUCACAAGUCAACGACUUAACAAUGUUAUCCUCAAGCUAAAGGGCUAUGGUGUUAAGGUUACCCUGGCUGUAACUUUAGAUAGCUCCAGCUCUUUAGUACAAACAGAUUUUCCGCUUCCAGAUAUCUACACUGCCUCUCAGUCAGACGUCAUUUACACUGAGUCCCCGCCGAUACUAAUUGUUGACACUUCAGAGACCUAUACGCAUUUAAUUGCACUGACUCUCAGUAAUGAAAACAAGUAUGACUUUAAAUACAACGUGAAAUAUCACGAGUGUUCUGAAAACAUAUCGCAAACCGCUAUUGCAUCUGAAGGUGUAGUGCCUAAAGGAAGUAGCAUUAUGACCAAAAUACUUAUAGGGGUGUUUGGGGUAACAGAAGCCAAUGGAAGCUUGGCCGUAACAGAGAUUGUUUCUGGAGAUGCAAAGAAGCUGGUUAUAUGUAGGUGCUUUGCUUCGCGACACCCUGUUUCCAUGUACUUUAUUGGACCAGUGGUCACUGUACCGCUCCAAGGCAGUACAAAAAUAUAUUGUGGGUGUGCAAUAGAACAGCCCCAGGCCGAGUUUAAGCACAUUUCGACUUCUCCCCAACUUUUAGAUCUCGUUAUCUCCCCGGCUAGUGGAACUGUCCAGGCGGGAAAGAUGGCAAAAAUGACCCUUUCUGUUCCAAAGCUUGCGUUCUCUGGUGCCUUGUCCUUAACUAUGGAAGGCUACAUAAGCUUUAAACUGACCUGUGGAUCGUUUGAAAAAACCGCUAUCCUUCCAGUUAGAAUUACUCUAAACUAA